UCUUCUUUACAAACGGACUCUCCGGAGCCUGGUUGUUACUUGCCGCUUGCUCUCGGCUGCAGGAAUGAUCGAGGCUGCAGUUAAUCCCGCGUUUCAGCUCGGACAGCCGCGCUAUGAUCAGAGCUCCUUCCUUGGCAGGUUCAGACACUUUGUAGACAUCAUCGACCCCAGAACUCUAUUUGUAUCAGAGGCUCAGUUGAAGCAAUGUGUUGCUCUCCUGGAUGAUUUUAAACAUGGGACUCUUCCUCCUGGAACAACAGAUCAACAGCUCUGGGAGGCUCAGAAGGUGAAGCAGGCUAUUAUUCACCCUGACACAGGACAGAAGAUCUUUAUGCCAUUUCGUAUGUCAGGUUAUGUUCCAUUUGGGACGCCUAUAGUUGUUGGCCUUCUUCUUCCAAACCAGACAUUGGCAUCCACUGUGUUCUGGCAGUGGUUAAACCAGAGCCAUAACGCUUGUGUAAACUACGCCAACCGUAACGCCACCAAGCCCACGCCGACAUCAAGGUUUAUUCAGGGCUACCUGGGAGCUGUGACGAGUGCCGUCUCAAUUGCGGUCGGUUUGAAUGUGCUUAUAGAGAAAUCCAGGAAAUUUAACCCAGCCACCAGACUCAUCAUACAAAGAUUCAUUCCUUUCCCUGCUGUAGCUAGUGCGAAUGUGUGCAACGUGGCUCUCAUGAGACACACCGAACUCUCCGAGGGAAUCGAUGUGCUAGACUCUAAUGGGAAUGUGGUGGGCUCUUCACGGAUAGCAGCCAAACAUGCACUGAUGGAGACAGCGUUUACACGGGUGGUCCUGCCACUGCCUAUAUUUGUUCUCCCUCCUAUCAUCAUGGCCUUUGUGGAGAAGCUGCCGCUGAUGCAGAGCCACCGCCGGCUCAUGCUGCCCAUCCACAGCUUAGUGUGCCUGGCCGUGUUCGGGCUCUCUCUGCCUCUCGCCAUCAGCCUCUUCCCACAGAUGUCUCAAAUUGAGGCUUCUCACCUUGAGCCGGAAAUUGCCAUGGCAACCGAUUGCAAGGUGCUGACCUAUAACAAGGGACUGUGAAAAAAGCAAACAGAAAGAGAGAGA